AUGUCCCGGAGGAGGGUUUGCUACUGGCCGGGGCAGGCGGACCGGGCUCGGGACUGGCUGUUUCUGAACCUGGACCUCAGCGACGAGGACCUGAACGUCGCGCGCUACAGCCCGACCACGGUAUGCUACGAUCCGAGGCGGGUCGCGUCCGCGACUCCCGACGCUUGCUGCUGCUCGUACUAUCACCAGGGCCCGGACGCUUGCUGCUGCAAUUAUAGUCGACCCUGGCGCUACACGGCCCCGGUCAAGUCUGGCUUCUCCAAAAUCGAGCGCAGCAAGGACGGCUUCAAGGUUACCUUGGACGUCAAACAUUUCAAGGAAGGGGAUGUGAAAGUAAAAGUGGUUGGCAACGACGUGGUGGUUGAGGCGGAGCACGAUGAACGUCAAGAUGAGCACGGCUACAUCUCACGCAGCCUGAAGCGCAAGUACGCGUUGCCGGAUAACGUGGAUUCUGAUAAAGUGAGGACAGAACUCUCCUCAGACGGAAUCCUCACAAUCACUGCUCCAAAGAAGGAGAACAGGAAGACACAAGUUCCAUGGGUGAAAGAAGUGCACUGGGAUCUAGAAAAAUGCAGGAUCACAGCAGAAGAAAUUGUGAACAGGCAGAUCUUUAGGAAAAAGGUUGCUGAUGUGAAGAAAUUCUUCGAGGAGAAAACAAGGAAGAACAGAGUAUUCUCGGAGAAGAAUGUGCACAAGUGA